AUGACAGACAGAGUGGUCUUCAGCACACCCAAAACCACCCCGAGACCGGCAGCAGGUCCUGUGCUGCCCCCUGAACCCAUCGACAUCAUCCGCAUUAAGGCCCGCUCCCGGCGCGUUAGGCUCAAUGUUGGAGGUCUCACACAUGAAGUCCUCUGGAGAACGCUGGACAGGCUACCCAGAACCCGUCUGGGGCGGCUAAGAGACUGCAACACCCACGAGUCGCUGCUGGAGAUCUGCGAUGACUACAGUCUCUCUGAGAACGAGUACUUCUUUGACCGGCACCCAGUGGCCUUCUCCUCCAUCCUCAACUUCUACAGAACGGGGAAGCUGCACAUGAUGGAGGAGAUGUGCGCCCUGUCCUUUGGCCAGGAGCUGGACUACUGGGGGAUCGAUGAGAUCUACCUGGAGUCGUGCUGCCAGGCGCGGUACCACCAGAAGAAGGAGCAGAUGAACGAGGAGCUGAGGAGGGAGGCGGAUACCUUGAGGGAGAAGGAGGGGGAGGUGGAGGAGCAUGGCUGCUGUCCUGAUAAGAGACAGAAGCUGUGGGAUCUGCUGGAGAAGCCCAGCUCGUCUGUGGCUGCAAAGGUCCUGGCUAUGAUCUCCAUUCUGUUCAUCAUCAUUUCCACCAUCUCUUUGUCCUUAAACACGCUGCCAGAGCUCCAGGUGGUGGAUGAAUUUGGCCAGUUUAAUGACAACCCAAGCCUUGCCCAUGUGGAAGCUGUCUGCAUCGCCUGGUUCACCAUGGAGUACAUGCUACGCCUGCUCUCAGCACCCAAUAAGUGGAAUUUCAUCAAAGCACCCCUGAACAUCAUUGAUUUGUUGGCCAUCCUCCCUUACUAUGUGACUCUCUGCCUGACUGAGUCUAAUAAGAGUGUUAUGCAGUUCCAGAAUGUGCGACGUGUGGUCCAGAUCUUCCGAAUCAUGAGGAUCCUAAGGAUCCUAAAGUUGGCCAGGCAUUCAACAGGACUCCAGUCUUUGGGCUUCACUUUGCGAAGGAGCUAUAACGAAUUGGGUCUUUUGAUCCUUUUCUUAGCCAUGGGUAUUAUGAUCUUCUCUAGUUUGGUGUUCUUUGCUGAGAAGGAUGAGGACGCCACCAAAUUCACCAGUAUCCCUGCCUCCUUCUGGUGGGCUACCAUUACUAUGACCACUGUUGGUUAUGGAGACAUCUACCCACAAACCCUGCUGGGAAAGAUUGUAGGAGGGCUUUGCUGCAUUGCAGGUGUAUUGGUCAUCGCCCUUCCCAUCCCAAUCAUUGUCAACAACUUCUCUGAAUUCUACCGAGAGCAGAAGAGGCAGGAGAAGGCCAUCAAGAGGAGGGAAGCUCUUGAAAGAGCAAAACGGAGUGGAAGCAUCAUUUCCAUUAACCUAAAGGAUGCUUUUGCACGCAGUAUGGAACUCACAGAUGUGUUGGUGGAAAAGAGAGAGGACAGUAAGUGUCCUGCAGACAACCACCUAUCACCCAGCCGCUGGAGCUAUCACAAACAUUACUCCAAUGCAGAAGUGGGUAGCCCAUGCACAUCCCAACAUUCUCAUUACCUGGAAGUUGCUCAGCUGGGCUCCCCUGACAGAAUGAAACCUUUGUCUAAUAAAACUACUCAAAACUUCACCCCAAAGCGGCUGGAAGACACUUACAACAAGACAGCAACCAUCCAGGAACAGCAGGAGAAAACUGUCGAGGAGGAGAUGAAGAAGAAAGCCAGACAAACUUCCCCUGAAGUCAGCACUGCCAGGAAAUACUCAAAUGAUUUUUCAGUGGAAAGAGGAGAAAGAAGCUCUCUGCUCCCCUGUGCAGACGGGGCUCAAACUGGAGCUAGACUCCAGCGCAUCCCCCCUCCCUUGGAUCUAAGUCAGAUCAGCACCAUGGAGGCUAACAAGGGCCCUGACAGCAUCCAACCAAUGACCAUUAUUAAAGAGGGUUUAUAUGAGUUUGUUUCCACCCCCAUAGGCAGCGGGACUGGAGAUGUGAGUGUGGUGCCACAGAGCGUGGAAAGCAUCGGUGUGACCUAUGACAGCCUCCGCAGCUCUUUGAAAGAUUACAGCAGCCCUCAAAAGUCAAGAACCCUCAAGGUUGACUUCAUUGAAGAUGAUGAUGUGCUUUUGGCAGUGAUGACACCUGUAGCAACCCCAGCCUCCGCUGGCUCAGCCAAGCUUGCACAACUACUUUCAGAUGACAUGGUUUCCAGGUUCUCUCCCUCUUCAACCUCCAUAACCCGGGAAGCUAAGUCUCCCCUGGCGAUCCUGCAGUCUCCGUCUCUGGUCCAGCAAUCUGUCAGUCCAAGCAACUCCCAGGGGGGAGGUGAGGGCUCAGCAGCCAGGAGCUUAGAAGGUGAAGGGCAGCUCACAGGCUUAAGCCACCAGGGGAGGAAUCACAUGGGAAGAUCUGCUGUCGGCUCAGGCAGCAGUCCGAGCCCACUGUCGUCUAAAGCCAACCCACUCAACUGCACCCAGGAGCUAGUAACUAUGGAGGGAAGGAAGGAAGAAGAAGGAGCAGAACAGAGUGGAGAGAAACAAGAAAAUCACAUUGUUCUGGACAGAAGCGUGACACCACCCUGUGAAACGAGCAUGUGA